AUGGCCGAAAACUUCCUUGCGAAUCAAGCCGAAAAGGUCAUCGGCCAUGCCGACCAGGGCCGAGCGACACAUACUGACAUCGCGAACCCUGAUCGCGAUGGCGGCAAGUAUGCUGACGAAAGUGGUGAGAAGAUGAAGGCCUUGGCUUGGAUGGGCAAAAAUGAUGUCCGAGUUGUGGAGGUGGGCAAGCCGAAAAUUGUAGAUGACCAUGACGUAAUUCUUCGCAUCACUGGCACAACGGUGUGCGGGAGCGACGUUCAUCUCAUGCACGGAGCCAUCAUUCAGGUGCAGAAGGGUGACAUUCUGGGCCACGAGUUCUGCGGCAUCGUUGAGUCUGUUGGCCCGGCUGUGAAAACCCUCUCUCCGGGUGAACGCGUCGUCAACAGUUUUGUCGUGUCUUGCGGCGAAUGCAGAUACUGCAAGCAGAACUUGACGACGGCCUGUGAGAAGACCAAUGCCUCUGCCCUGCACGAAAAGCUGUAUGGCUCGCAGAUGGGUGGCAUCUUUGGUUAUUCCCACUUCACUGGUGGUUACGCUGGCGGGCAUGCCGAGUACGUGCGGGUGCCGCUGGCCGACAACAACUUGCUGAAGAUUCCGAAUUCUCUUCCCAACGAGAAGGGUAUCUACUUGUCGGAUGUUCUCCCUACUUCCUACCACAGCGUCGUUUACUCUGGGGUCAAAGAAGGUGAUACUGUUGCCAUCUGGGGCCUUGGCCCAAUCGGCUUGAUGGCAUGUGCUUGGGCCUACGUCAAGGGUGCCAAGCAGGUCAUCGGAAUUGACAGCAACUGGCGAUGUGAUUAUGCCGAGUCAAAGAUCCCAGGCCUCAAGACGAUCAAUUUCAAACACUUGAAGACCACAGAGACCGUUCCCGGCAAGGUCCAUGAGAUUGUGCCGGGAGGUGUCAACGUCAGCGUUGAUGCGACGGGCGGAGAGUACGGCAAAGGAUGGGCGCACUCUUUGGAGUUGGCAGUUGGCGCCGAGCAAGACACAAGCGAGAUGAUCAACGAGGCCAUCAUGUCGACUCAGAAGUUCGGUGCUGUAGGAAUUAUCGGCGACUACGUCGGAUUCACCAACCACUUCAACGUGGGGUCGCUGAUGGAGCGCGGCAUCCGCUUGAUCGGCUGUGACUGGGAUGAGAUUCUUGAGAUGGUGGAGAAAAAGAAGAUUGACCCCACGAUCAUGCUCACGCAUCGUUUCAAGUUUGACGACAUCGCCAAAGCCUACCACAAGCAGGAGAAGCGGGAAAUGGGAUUGGUGAAAUGCUUCGUCGAGACCAAGUUCUCAACCCCCGCUGCAGCAGGCACGCCGGCGCUGACUAUAAUCUGA